AGAGAGCGAACGAGAGAGAGAGAGAGGGAGGGCAAAUUUACUCGUUUCAAAUGUAAACAGGCGCUGGCAGGGGGCAACGAGGGAGACUCGCGCACACACACGCGGCGUGCAGUCGUCGGUGAAGCUGCCGUGCCGGGCUCGCAAGCACGGGAGGGGGGCGGCGACAUGGAAGGGCUGAGCGGCGAGAUUUGAGUGAACUCUUCGUUUCCCCGUCUAUCUUCUUCUCGAGUCGGAGGGGGAGGAGGGGGGGGGAGGUGUGUCAACCUGUGGCCGAGGUGGACAUCGCGUCUCAUCCACAACCAUCAUCGCCGUCGUCUCGUCGUCUCGCUCCGCUGUUGGCCGCUGCCAGUGGGACAUCUCGACCCUUAUGGACGAGGCGAAGUGAAUUUUUACAGCGGCGGCGAGGUGCGUGGCCGUGCGACAAGCGCUUUGCUUAGAGGGGUCGAGGAGCCUGUGCUUAGACCGUAGCACGUACGAGAGACAGCAGCGUUACAUCGAGCAGCAGCGGGAGGGGGCGGUGGUGGUGGUGGUCGUGGUGGUGAACGCGUACAGGUGGUCGCGCGCGCACCGCGCGCAAAGGGGAGAUCGCACGCACGAGAACGCGACAAUGGUUUCCAAGUUGACGGACAUCCAGAGGGGAUUGCUCAACGAUCUGCUGUGCUCCGGGGUGAGCAAGACGGCUCUGAUGGAGGCGCUCACCGAACUCGAGCCAGCGCUGGGCGCCUACGACGACCUUCACGUCGGUGGCGGUGGGCACGGCCAGCAAGACCUCCCCCCGGCUCCAAACAACGCCACGAGGGUUCUGCAGCACGGCGACGGCGGUGGUGGUGGUGGUGGUAGCAACCACGACCAUCAAAGCCAUCACCACCUCUCAAUGGGCGGCGGCGACGGCCCGGCGGAGUACAUUAACCUCAGCAACGGGCAGCACCACCAACAGCAUCAUCAGCAGCAUCAGCAUCAUCAUCAGCAGCAGCAGCACCAGGUCGCGCGGCGGAAUCACCUGUCGGGCGACGAAACGUCGGAGGAUGGAGACGACAUGGAGCCGCCUCCAAUCUUGAAGGAGCUGGAGAGCUUGAGUCCCGAAGAAGCGGCUGAGCAGCGAGGGGAAGUGGAUCGACUCUUACGGGAAGACCCAUGGCGUGUCUCCAAGCUCGUCAAGAGCUACAUGCAGCAGCACAACAUCCCGCAGCGCGAGGUGGUGGAUGCCACGGGCCUCAACCAGUCACACCUGUCGCAGCACCUCAACAAGGGCACGCCAAUGAAGAACCAGAAGCGCGCCGCGCUGUACGCCUGGUACAUCCGCAAGCAACGUGAGAUCCAGAGACAGUUCAGCCACGGCGUGGUGAGCGGCGCCCCCCAGGGCAUGGUGGACGACGGCCUCGCCGGCACCACCGGCGCCGGGCCCGGUGAGGAGCCACCCAACAAACGCUCGCGCCGCAACCGCUUCAAGUGGGGGCCCGCGUCGCAGCAGAUCCUGCGGCAGGCGUACGAGCGGCAGAAGAACCCCAGCAAGGAGGAGCGGGAGGCCCUGGUGGAGGAGUGCAACAGGGCGGAGUGCAUCCAGCGCGGCGUCUCGCCGUCCCAAGCCCACGGGCUGGGCUCGAACCUGGUGACCGAGGUGCGGGUCUACAACUGGUUCGCCAACCGGCGGAAGGAGGAGGCGUUCCGGCACAAGGUGGCCCAGGACGCGUACGAGACGGGCGGCGAGGCGCAGCACGGCGGCAUGCACGGCUCGCCGUCCCCGGGCCGCUCCAUGGGAUGCUCGUUGCUGGCAAGUGGCCGGUAUGGCCAGCCAGGCUCAGGUGAUGUGGUGUCGCCCUCGGGUCACCAUGGCAACAUCUCCAUGGCGACGGGACAGGUGGUACUGCAGCAAGUGUCUCCCACAAUGGAGAUCCAGACUUCUGGGGGAACCCUGCCGCCUGUGAGCACCCUGACGCACAUCCACAACCUGCACUCUCCGCACCACAUGUCCCAGCAGCCUCACCAGAACCUCAUCAUGACCCAGCUACCCGGAGUCAUGGCCAUCGCACAGAGUCUGAGCGGCGGCCAGGCGCAGUCCAUCCCCGUCAUCAACAGCGUGGGCGGCAGCCUCACAACCCUCCAGCCCAUGCAGCUCCAGUCGCAGCAGCUGCACGGGCUGCAGCAGCCGCUGAUGCAGCACGCGCAGAGCCACAUGGGGCAGUCGCAAUUCAUGGCCACCGUAGCGCAGCUGCAGAGCCCUCACCCGUUUUACAGCCACAAAGCAGAGCCACCACAGUACCCUCACAACGGACGCUUUUCUCAAACCAUGGUCAUCACAGAAACCGGAAAUCUCCACAGCUCCAACAAGCAGAGCCCCGCCUCGAUGCACCUGCACGCUCAGGAGAGCUCCAUUCAGCACAUCCAGGGAGCCCACAGUGUGCCCUCCAGCCCAGGCCUGCCUUCAGCACAAGUUCCACAGUACUGUACUGUUGAGUCCUUGUCGUACUUCCCAAAGCCACAUUUACUACAUCAUCAUCAUCAGCUAUGAUCGAUCCACUGCUGGGUGAAGGCCUAAGCAUCCUCGGCAAGCCUGGUGAUGUUUCAGACAAACCAUGGCCCAGACGGACAUGGACACUUGCUCUCUCAGAACCAUGCCAAUAUGGACAACUUCCUGAGCCAACAGAUGGUCUCCACGGCCCAGUAGCUGGCACGUGUGAGAUCCCAGCUUCCGCGGUGCCUUGAGGGCUUUCGUUCCCUACCAACCUGACCGCACAUGACUUCCACUGAUGGAUGGGUCUUAUAUUUAUCUUCAAGAGGUCUCAGCACUGGAACGCUGCGAUGGAAUGGAAAGGAAUUCAAGAUUUGUUCGAGUCGCUGCAGAUACCUAUGAACAUGCGCCCACUAGACAUGUAUAAGAAGCCGGAAGGUUUGAGCGGUGCCUUUGUGUACGAGGAAGACAAAACUUCCUUGAAAAUUGUGCCUUCCGUGUCGUGCAGCAGAAAAUAAAAACGUGUCGAGUGGGUGGAAGUGCUUUUCUGCCACAUUUCAAAGAGCAAUGAAUUAGAAGUUCGUCACAUUUCCAAAAUAACAUCAACUAUGCCACAGAGCUUGGGAGACUGAUGAGUUGCCAAUGUGAUAAAACAGUGUGACAUUAACUGCAUUUGUAAGUCCUUUACAGAGUUCGUAAUCAACAUUGCCAAUAAAUAUAAACCUGUCUGAGAUUUCAUUGCAACAGCAAAAAACCUUGCUAAAAUGGUCACUUAAACAUUACGUGUAUUGCAUUGCCACUCAGGUAACUGUUCUGGGAGAUUUCUCCUACGCAGGGAUUCUGCUACAUCACGUGAUCUUUCAGCUAGGCCCGACUGGUGAUCUGGACUCGAAUCCCCUUGCCUGAUUUCAGCAAAGAUGGAAAUGAUGACAACUUGUAACAUGACUUGAUAAUGAUAGUUUUUUUUUUACAAAAAUUACAUGUAUACCAAAAAUUCCAAUUUAUCAAAUCAGACCUGAUAAACAUUGUACAGGUAUGCUGUGAAGAGAACAAUACGAAAUAACACCUUUUUAUAUAUUGGACAUUGUAAAUUUGAAGCUAGGAUUGCCUUACUUGAUUGCUACCAAAAAAUUUGUUGGUUACCCUGUUUGUAUGUUAUGUACAUUGCUUUUAUUUUUUUUAUGAACACAAUAUAACGUACACUUUGUAAAUGUUUUCAAAUGUGUCUCAAAUAUAAACAUUUGGAGUUUUACGCAUGUAAAAUUAUCCUUGAGAAAUUUC